GCUGACGUGACGUAGGUAGAGGAAGGGCAGUGCACUCCUCCGCAUUGUGUUCUUUCGACUUCCUUCUUCCUCCUUCUGUCAAGAUAUUGAUUCAUUUUGUAACCACAGACGCCUUCGAUUCGCGGCUGAAACAUUUGAUUUUGAGAAACAAUCACAGACCAACGACGAGCAAAAAUGGACUCCUCAAACCCCCUUUCCGAUCGCGAGAAGGCUUUCGAGAACAAGUACAUCCAUGACAAGGAGUGCGUCCCAUCACUCCACCAUACUUCCUCUUUCGAGCCAAUUGCUGACAAAAGAGUAUGCAGGAGGCAAAUGGCCAAGGACAGAGCGAACAAGAAGACGCAAACCGAGUCUUCGUCAAAGGACUCCAGUUCCACACCGAGAGAGCAAGAGGAGGGAAGUGGGAGUACCUACAAGGACGUGAUUACCGAGCUGAGCGCUAUGCCUUCUUAGAUGCGCGGCAUCAAGGAGAUGGAGAGAUUGUGUCUUGGCGACGGAGCGACUGAAGAUGAAUUGAAGCGGAAGACGUCGCCAUCUUGGCUUUGGAUAUUGAACUUUCGGAGUGUUUAGGUACGCGUCAUUAUGGUUCUAGAAGAGCCUCCUCGAAGCGAAUGCAACCCAGGCGAAACCCAAGAAUCUCAGGAACCGGGACAGGGACCGAAGCACCCUUUUACGUUCUUCGGUUCCGAAGGGACAUCCGCAUUGAAGGUCUUGCUUGAGGCGUCGUGGGAGGGAACCCCAGUUGUAAUUAUAUCUUAACUAGUGUUCGGGGAGGCCAGCAAGCUGUCCUCGACCCUUUCCUGAGGGUAUAAGGCUAGAUCCAGGGUUAUGGCCCGUGCAGAGCUAGAUUCUGGAUUUCUCUAUUAAAUCUAACGAACUUCUUUUUUAAUACUAAAAUAUAGUUCUUUAUUUAUUUAGUAAAAAAG